AGUUGCCUCUCAAUCGAUUCUUCUCAUCAUCACAAUCACUCUCGUUCUCUCUCAUUCUCUAGCACAGUCUCUUCCAGACCAACCGCUCUUUCAAAAGCAACUCCGAGUUUCUAUCUCUCGUUCAAAUCCAAACCCACCGUCACAAUGAAGUUCUCCAUCGCCGCUGUCCUCGCCAUCGCUGCCACCGUCACUGCCCUCCCCGGCGGUGUUGGUAACGGAGUUGGCAACAAGGGCAACAGCGACGUCAAGUUCCCCGUCCCCGACGACCUCACUGUCGAGCAGGCUGAGGCCAAGUGUGGUGACCAGGCUGAGCUUUCCUGCUGCAACAAGGCCACCUAUGCUGGUGACUCUACCAACGUUGACAGCGGUAUCCUCGCCGGUACCCUCGGCAACCUCAUCAGCUCCGGCUCUGGCUCUGAGGGUCUUGGUCUCUUCGACCAGUGCUCCAAGCUGCCUCUGCAGGUCCCCAUCAUUGCUGUCGCUCUGCAGGACUUUGUCAACCAGCAGUGCAAGCAAAACAUUGCUUGUUGCCAGUCCUCUCCCUCCAGCGCCGAUGGCGACCUUAUCGGAGUCGGCCUUCCCUGCAUUGCCCUCGGUUCCAUCAUCUAA